AUGUUCACUUCAACAAACUCCUCGGAUAUUAUUGGAUUUUUGCAGUUGCUUACGCUACAACGUGAGUUUAGUGAAGCUUUGAUUGGACUUAUAAGGCAUGCCGAAAAGGAACAGUAUUUUCAUACAAUUAUCUACGCUAAUUGUGAAGAUGAAAUUCAAUGCCAAGCAACGCUGCCAGCAUGUGACAUAAGCACUAUAGCCCAAGGGCUGAAUGUGCCAAUGAUUCAAAUCAAAUGGAAUGCUUCUUUACAUUUGGCGUCUUGGCUAAAUAGAGAAGUUUUUACAUUGAUGCCAAUGUCCGGUAUAGGAUCUCGUGAUGAAGAAAUGCUUGAAAAUCUUUGGGUGAUAUUGAGAAACAAUGUCAAAAGUCGUCUAUUGCUGUUGUUUGGAGAAACAGCAAAGGAUGAAUAUAUUUGGAGAAUUUUGAAAUUUUGUUGUGACCAUAGUGCAAUAAACGUGGUGGCGUUAAAGCAAAACUUUUUGCAUACGCAGGUUUUCUACACACCAAAGUUAUUUCCCGAAUUUGAAAUUUUAACGAGAACUUUUGAGAUCUUGUCGCCUCAGAUUCUAUAUCAUGAUCAAGUGAAGAAUAUGUUUGGGUUUCCUUUGCUCUUAAGGCUAAACAAGAAAAACACCAGAGCCUAUAUUAUCGAAAAUGCAGAUAACAAAUUAACCCUGGGCGGCCAUCUGGGGCAUUUCUUCGAGGAAUUUGCCAAAUGGCAUAAUGCUACGAUCUCGUUACCGGGGUACAACCUUGAUGCUGACUCGGCACCUUUUCAAAUAUUGGAACUAUUUUUGGCAAACGGCAGCUACAAUAUGAUUAUGAGUCUGUAUCUCACCAACCUUGGCAGUGACAUAGUCUUUAGCAAUAUUUACGAUUUCGAAGACUGGUGCGUAAUGGUCCCCACGGAAAGAUUUUUUCCGGCCUACAUGUUCUAUGGCAAAAUUUUCAGCCGUCGCAUAGCUUUGCUAAUUGUGAGUGUGGUACUAAUUUUGGCUGUUUUGAUAGCAGUUACAUAUUGGCUGGAAGGCUACUCACUGCAUUUAAAAAUUGUUGCGCUUAAAGUUUACGUUUUCAACGGAGUGCUUGGACAGUCGUUUCAAACGGAUACCCGAUUUACCGGAGUUCGCAGUUGUCUAUGCUUGCUGGCUUUCUUACUGGGAAUUAUAAUUAACACCACCUAUGUGGCGUAUCUGCAAACAUACAAUACAGAACCCCCUGCCGAGAAGGCUUUAAAUACCUGGGAUGAUAUUCGCGCGUCUGAGACUCAAAUGGCUCUAUUUGAGGGUGAAAUAGCCUCGGUGGCAUAUUUUGAUGAAACCAUCUUGACUCGGAUAAGGAUAAAAAUAUACUCAAAUCAGAGUGAGUUUUUCGAACUAAGAGACGGCUUUGACACGCGCUACGUUUACCCGGUACCCUCACCGCAGUGGUCCAUAUAUGAUCAGCAACAGAAGUUUUUCUCCAAGCCAAAGUUUCGUCUCUCCAAUAUUUGUUUUGUUAAAACUUCGGGCUUGAGAGUACCUAUGGAACCUAAUUCGAUGUUUGAAGAGGCUGUUAAUUUCAUGAGUGCUCAAAUUUUCGAAACUGGCCUGUUAACCUAUUGGAAAGCAUUGGCAUUCAUUGAAGGCGUUCGCAUGAAACGCAUCACCUUAUUGGAUACCAGCAUAUUGAGAGGCUUUGUUCCAAUGAAGAUUGAAGAUAUGAAAUUAUUCGCUUUGGUUUACGUGGCAAUGAUUGCAAUCUCUAGCCUAUGUUUUAUUGGAGAGGUUUGCUGGUUCCAGCGAAGGGAAUGUGCCUGCGUUUUAUUUCGCAAAAUAAAUAUAUUAAAACAAGGUUGA